CACCCAAAGCUGCCGGUAUUGGCAGAAAAUCGCCGGAGCAAAGUGCUUUCAAAUACGCUCACACUCAUAAAUGGGAAUUUUAUUUUCGUUUAUUGGUAAUGUAUUUGCACGCGCGCGGCAGAAUGACUGUGCAUCGGUGGAGUCGUGCAUAAAAACUUAAUUAAAGUAUUCUAUUAUGCUAAGUGUUUAAAGUGUGCGGGUCAAAAAGUAAAAAAAAAAUAUUAAUAAUAAAUGCGAAUAAUUAAAAGGCAGUGUGCCAAUGAUUAGAUAGUGUUUGCGUCACAGAAUAAAUCGUUGUGAAAUGAAUAAGCACUUGUAUUUGUUGUUGGAUGUAAACAAUUUGCCUUAGGAAUAAAUCAAUAGCCAAGGUGCAUUGUUGUGUUUGUUUUCGACUUUCUUGGCGGUAUAAAAUUUGGUUGCAAGCAGACAUUUCCGUGAGAAUGGACUCACCAACACCGCCAAUUGUAAUCGACGAUCCAAACGGUUCAGCAAUGGAUGCUUGCUUCACCGCUUUCGAUAAGGACGGCGAUGACCGUCUGAAUUUGGCCGAAUUUACACUCAUCUGUCGGGCAUUAUUCCGAAACGAUAAGGGGCACAUUUACGAUGUGCCAGCUGAACGGCUGCAGGAGAUUUUCGAAGUAUUCGAUACCGAUGCUGAUGGCUACAUAGACAGGGAGGAAUUUAAGUUCUGCUGGAAUCGUUGGAUUAAAACCAUUGUGCGACCGGUGAACGCUUUCCUCAUUGUUGAUGUACAAAAUGAUUUUAUAAGUGGAUCCUUGGAUAUAAGUAAUUGCAGUGCACAGCAAAAAGGACAUGAGAUUUUGGAGCCCAUCAACAAUUUGCUGGAAAUCGUGGAGUUCGAUGCCAUUUUCUAUUCGUUGGAUUGGCAUCCAAGCGACCAUGUCUCGUUUAUUGAUAAUGUGAAAAUGCGUCCCAUGGAUGAGUCGUCGCCGGUCGACGCAGACUCAGCGCAAGUUUUCGAUACAGUUAUCUUUGCCGGCCCACCGCCGAUGAAGCAACGUUUAUGGCCACGCCACUGCGUACAGGAUUCGUGGGGUGCCGAGCUACAUAAGGACUUAAAAGUAGUGGACAAUGGUAUUAAAAUUUAUAAAGGCACAAACCCCGAAGUCGAUUCAUAUUCCGUUUUCUGGGAUAAUAAGAAGCUCUCUGACACAACACUGAAUGCCCAGCUCAAGAUGAAGGGCACAACGGAUAUUUAUGUCUGCGGACUGGCAUAUGAUGUGUGUGUGGGUGCAACCGCUGUCGAUGCCUUGUCCGUUGGCUAUCGUACCAUUUUGAUUGACGACUGUUGUCGCGGCACUGAUUUCCACGAUAUUGAACACACUAAAGAGAAGGUGAUAAGCAAUCAUGGUGUGGUGGUGCACUCGAAUGAGGUGCGUGGCAUGAUCGAAGGCCGCGAUCGACGCCCAGAGCUGGGCUACAAACUGGCUAUGGAACUUAAGAAUCCCGACUCUGCACUGUCACAGCGCAAUGGCAUACGUCCAAUCGAUUAAACAUCGAUUAGAUGACAUAUGUAGUUAGCAAAAGACCUCCGAGGCAUAAGUACAACAACAACGCAACUAUUCCAGUAUCCUAUGAAAACGCUUAACCAAAUGGCUUCAAAGACAUGCACCAGGAACAUGCACUUAUUCUAAAGGCAUAUAAAUGAAAGCCAGUAGAAAAAAGAAAAAUUACGAGUUUCAAGCAACAAACUCAAGUUGAUAUGAGAUAGAAUAUUUAAAUGACAACAAAAAUCCGAAUAUUUAGUAGUGGCUUAGCUUUUAAUGGAUUAGAUUACUUAAUUUAUUUUAACUUUUAACAAACAAAUAAAAAGCAUAUUAUUUAAAUUAUACAAAAUAAGAAUAAAUAUAUACUACUUAGGAACAUGGUCAAGUUCCUUCAAAUGAAAUCUAAUACCAUGUUCAGACCGACACUUAAUCACACGAUUUUGGCUGGUCGAUGAAUUAUCCCACUAAUCUUAAAAAUUUAUCAAGAAAUCUCUCUGUGCGACUCUGAUUUUGCGGAAUCUACUUGUCAGCACUGGAAAUCUGUUACAUUAUCACAGCUGAUUUAGCAACUACAAAGGGAAAAAAUGUAAACAAACAAUUUUUUUUUAAAGCAAUGAAUCUAAUUUCAUCUGAAAAUCGACUUAACAAAUGAAAAAAUGGAUCCAUUAUUUCUAUUAUAUGGAAAAUAUUUAAAAAAAAUCGUCUUUUUAUUUCAAAAUACUAUAUGACAAUCUUUUCUUUUGAUAAAUAUUAAGCGAUGUGAAUUCUUGAAUGACAGCUGUUUUUUGAUCUUUCUAACGGCAGUGAGAACACUGUUGGGUUAUGAAAUGCUUAAAUAUAAUCUAAUCUUUUAAAUUUUCGGUCUGAACAUGGUAUAACGCACGUGAUAUUACAAAUGAAACGCUUACAAUUACAUAUAAAUCCUUCAUUUGAGAAAAUAUUUAAAAUGGAUUUAAUGAAACGAACGUAAAUUGUGUUGAGUGUGAAAUGAAAGUGAACAAAUUGAGUACAGAAUAAAACUGUUAAACAAUCGAAAAGUUUAUGAUGAAUAAA